GCUGAUUUUAAAACAUCAAGUUGUGUUAUAAAUUUUAAGGGCAUAAACUUUACCAUGGAGAUAUAUGCCUGAUCAUGGAGAUACAGAUCCCAUAUCCCGUCAUCUUCACUAUCUUCUGCUUCCUCGUUGUGAUCCAAAAGCUCUACUUUUCCAAGAAACCCAUCAAAACCCUACCACCAGGGCCAUGGAAAUUACCUCUCAUAGGAAACCUACACCAACUUGUUGGAUCUCUACCUCAUCGUUCUCUGGCAAAUCUUGCGAACAAGUAUGGACCAUUCAUCCACCUUCAACUUGGCCAGCUUUCUCACAUCAUAGUGUCUUCACCAGAUUGUGCCAAAGAAAUAAUGCAGACACAUGAUCAGAUCUUUGCUAACAGACCCAGAAUUCUUGCUUCUGAUCUCUUGUGUUACAAUAGCACAGACAUCGUGUUUUCCCCAUAUGGAAACUAUUGGAGGCAACUUCGAAAGAUUUGUACUUUAGAGCUUUUCUCAGCAAAGAGGGUUCAAUCAUUCAGAAGGAUUAGGGAAGAAGAGGUUUCAGCACUUGUGAGGAACAUCUUUGAACAUGAAGGUUCUAUCAUUAACCUCAGUCGAAAAAUCUUUGAACUCACGAACUCUGUCGUCGCAAGAGCAGCCCUUGGCAAGAAGACAAAGAACGUAGAACAAAUCCUGCAAAUUAUAGAGCAAGCACAAAAGAUAAGUUCUGGGUUGGCAAUUUCUGAUUUUUAUCCUUCACUGAAAUUUAUUAGUGUCAUCACUGGGAUGAGAGCUCGAACUAUGAAGGCGCACAAAGACAGUGACAAAGUGUUUGAAGACAUCAUCAGAGACCACAAAGAAAAGAAAGGAAAUAACAUUGGAGAUCUAGAAGAGGAUCUGGUUGAUGUUCUUCUCAAGAUUCAAACGAACAAUGACUUUGAGAUCCCCUUAUCUCUAGACAACAUUAAAGCUGUUCUUCUGGACGUUUUCUUUGGUGGAACUGAAACAGCAGGAUCUACGAUAGAGUUUGCGAUGUCAGAAUUGCUCAAAAACCCAGAGGUUAUGAAAGAGGCACAACAAGAGGUAAGAAGAGUCUAUGGAGGCACAGGUUAUGUAGAUGAAUCAGAACUUCACCGAUUAACAUACAUAGGUGCUGUGAUUAAAGAAACCCUAAGGCUAUAUCCACCAGUGCCAUUGUUGGUUCCAAGAGAGAACAGCAAGUGUUGCGAAAUCAAUGGAUAUCAUAUACCUCUGAAGACAAAGAUUAUAAUUAAUGCUUGGGCCAUUGGAAGAGACCCCAAGAAUUGGUAUGAACCAGAAAGAUUUGAACCAAAAAGAUUUAUUGAUACAACAGUUGAUUACAACUUCAAAGGUUUAAACUUGGAGUACAUUCCAUUUGGUUCUGGAAGAAGAAUUUGCCCUGGAAUUACAUUUGCCACACCUGUUUUAGAAUUGUUACUUUCCAAUUUGCUUUACCAUUUUGAUUGGCAACUUCCAGAAGGAAUGAAACCUGAGGAUUUGGAUUUGGAUGAGACUUUUGGUUCUGCAGUAAGAAGGAAAAACGACCUAAGUGUAAUUCCUAUUGGUUAUUCCCCUUAAUUAGGUUAUAUGCAUAUAUUUAUCACCGAAAUAUGUUUUAUGUAGGAGGUUAAAAUUGUGCGAACUACUUGUUUUUCAUUAUUAUUUAAAUUAUGUUCUUAAUAUUUAUUCUAAUUA